AUGAAAUUCAUUUGGUGUUUAGCUAUUGUUGUUUUGGCUUCUGCCUACAUGGCCAGUGCCCGUAAUGUCAAUGUGGAGGCUGAAAGUUAUGGUCGUUCUCACAAACAAGCCCGUGUGUUCCCCGGUGCUGUGGCCAUUAAGAAGUUGGUUUUGUUGAAAUUCAAGAAGAUUGUACCCAUCUCUUUGAUCUUGCUCAAGUCUAGCAACGAAAACGAAGCUGAAUUAGUGCCCGUCUAUCCUACCUCCGAAAUUCCCUCCGAUGUGCAAUUCAUUCCCACCCCCAACGGCAUCUCUGGCCACAAGGAUGUCCAAGCCAUUGCUGUGCCCAACGAAUUCCACCAACAAUUGGAACUCCAUGGCUUGACCAACUUGGAAGGCAUUGAAUCCUUGUUGAACCAAGCUGAGCAAGGCGAAAAUGGUGAAAGCACUUUGACUGUUGCCGAGCCCACCGAUAAGGAAGAUGAACUCUUGAACCUUAAGGAAGAUGAUGAAGACCAAUUAUUGGAAAACGCUUCAGCAGCUGUCGAAAAGAGCGACAAGAAGUCUGGUAGCUCUACCAGACGUUUGGCCGCUGGCAAUUUGAGAUCUUCUUUGAAGACCCAAACCUCCGUUGAGGAAAUCCCCAUUUACUUGUACUCCACCAAUGACAAUGCUCAUGUCAUUAAACACCAAAUCGGUGCUCGUCGUUACAGUCAAAAGGCUUAA